AUGGUUUUCCCACAGUUCAGAGGUGCCUACAUGGCUUGUCAAGCUGGACGAGCCACGCAGGUUGACAUGAGCAGAGCAAACACUUUGAUCGCUAUCCUCUUGGCAGUCGUCAGCGCUUCCGCGCAACAAUAUGGUGCUUACCCAUUUGGACCGUAUGCUGCUUCAGGCAUGUCGGGUAAAAUUUCACUUAAUUUUAGUCAAUUCGGUACAACAAGUUACGGAUCUUCAUUUCCGUACAGUGGUUACGGCGGCGCAUAUGAUCCCUACGGCAUGAUGCCUUAUUCUUCAUACGCUGGUGGAUAUUCACCGUAUAUGGAAUACGGUGGAAUGGGUGGAAUGAUGCCUGGUUACGGAGACAUGUGA